CCUAUAAGGUGUCAAGAUGUCACUGUCUAUGUCUCCAUGCAGAAGGGGGAGUAUAUAGAGGAACACAGCGGUCUGUACAAGGACGUGAUGAUGGAGAAUCACCGGCCCCUCACAUCACUGGAUUGGCCCAGUAACAGAGAUACCCCAGAGAGAUGUCCCCGUCCUCUGUAUUCCCAGGACUGUACAGAGGAGAAUCACAGGAUCCCACAGGAGGAUCAGGAAGAACGUCUGUCUGAUAUAAAGUCAGAAGAUAUAGAGGGAGAAGAAGAGACGUAUGUGACUGAUAUGAAGGCAGAAGAUAUAGAGGGAGAAGAAGAGACGUAUGUGACUGAUAUAAAGGCAGAAGAUACAGAGGGAGAAGAAGAGACGUAUGUGACUGAUAUAAAGGCAGAAGAUAUAGAGGGAGAAGAAGAGACGUAUGUGACUGAUAUAAAGGCAGAAGAUAUAGAGGGAGAAGAAGAGACGUAUGUGACUGAUAUGAAGGCAGAAGAUAUAGAGGGAGAAGAAGAGACGUAUGUGACUGAUAUAAAGGCAGAAGAUAUAGAUGGAGAAGAAGAGACGUAUAUGACUGAUAUGAAGGCAGAAGAUGUAGUGGGAGAAGAAGAGACGUAUGUGAGGGGUGAUCAGCAGUGUAAGGAGGAGGAGAUCCCUACAGAUAUCAGCACAGCAGAUGGACACACAAGCAGGAAUAUCUCAGAAGGACAUCUAAUGUUAUCCCCGGAUUGUGACAUAAAAGAUGACAGUAGACAGGAUUCUCCAGGAACUAAUCUCAUUAUCCCAAUUAUACAUCCAGCUCUAUCAGCUGGUCCCUCUGAUCCUGGGAAAUGUUCUCCUGAUCACUCUGAUAUUGGUGCAUCUGUUAGAGCUCUGAGAGUAGAUACAGUGUUUCCCUGUUCUAUAGAUGCCAAAUGUUUUACACAGAACACAAACCUUAUUACUCAUCAGCCAGCUAAGGCAGGUGACAGGCCAUUUUCUUGCUCUGAAUGUGGGAAAUGUUUUACAUAUAAAUCAAAUCUUGUUACACAUCAGAGAAGUCACACAGGUGAGAAGCCAUUUCCAUGUUCUGUGUGUGGGAAAUGUUUUACACACAAAUCAGCUCUUGUUGUACAUAAGAGAAUUCACACAGGUGAGAAGCCAUAUUCCUGUUCUGAGUGUGGGAAAUGUUUCUCACAGACAUCAGCUCUUGUUACACAUCAGAGAAGUCACACAGGUGAGAAGCCAUUUUCCUGCUCUGAGUGUGGGAAAUGUUUUGCAAAGAGAUCACAUUUUGUUACUCAUCAGCAUGCUCACACAGGUGAGAGGCCAUUUUCCUGUUCUGAGUGUGGGAAAUGUUUCGCACAUAAAUCAGCUCUUGUUACACAUCAGAGAAGUCACACAGGUGAGAGGCCAUUUUCCUGUUCUGAGUGUGGGAAAUGUUUCGCACAUAAAUCAGUUCUUGUUACACAUCAGAGAAGUCACACAGGUGUGAAGCCAUUUUCCUGCUCUGAGUGUGGGAAAUAUUUUGCACAGAGAUCACAUUUUGUUACUCAUCAGCAUGCUCACACAGGUGAGAGGCCAUUUUCCUGUUCUGAGUGUGAGAAAUGUUUCGCAUAUAAAUCAGCUCUUGUUAGACAUCAGAGAAGUCACAUAGGUGAGAAGCCAUUUCCAUGUUCUGAGUGUGGGAAAUGUUUUUCAUCGAAAUCACAUCUUGUUACACAUCAGAGAAGUCACACACGUGAGAAGCCGUAUUCCUGUUCUGUGUGUGGGAAAUGUUUCUCACAGACAUCAGCUCUUGUUACACAUCAGAGAAGUCACACAGGUGAGAAGCCAUAUUCCUGCUCUGAGUGUGGGAAAUGUUUUGCACAGAGAUCACAUUUUGUUACUCAUCAGCAUGCUCACACAGGUGAGAGGCCAUUUUCCUGUUCUGAGUGUGGGAAAUAUUUCGCACAUAAAUCCGCUCUUGUUACACAUCAGAGAAGUCACACAGGUGAGAAGCCAUAUUCCUGUUCUGAGUGUGGGAAAUGUUUCUCACAUAAAUCAGCUCUUGUUACACAUCAGAGAAGUCACACAGGUGAGAAGCCAUAUUCCUGUUCUGAGUGUGGGAAAUGUUUCUCACAGACAUCAGCUCUUGUUACACAUCAGAGAAGUCACACAGGUGAGAAGCCAUUUUCCUGCUCUGAGUGUGGGAAAUGUUUUGCACAGAGAUCACAUUUUGUUACUCAUCAGCAUGCUCACACAGGUGAGAGGCCAUUUUCCUGUUCUGAGUGUGAGAAAUGUUUCGCAUAUAAAUCAGCUCUUGUUACACAUCAGAGAAGUCACACAGGUGAGAAGCCAUUUCCAUGUUCUGAGUGUGGGAAAUGUUUUUCAUCAAAAUCACAUCUUGUUACACAUCAGAGGAGUCACACAGGUGAGAAGCCAUUUUCAUGCCGUGAGAGAAAUAAAUCCGCUCUUGUUGAACAUAUUAGACAUUACCCAAGUACGGAACUAUUUAAAUCUUCUGUAGUAUAAUUAUCACUGUCAUGCAAUGUUCCUCAAGGGUCAAUCCUAUCUCCUAAGCUUUAUAAAAUAUAAAUGCUACCACUGGGUGAUAUAAUCAGACGUCAUAGCCUGGUCUACCACUGCUAUGCUGAUUACCUGCUUUUUGCUCCAUGUACUGAGAACCUAAUACCAAUCCUAAAUGGUUGUCUAGCUGAGCGCCAGGGGUGGAUGAUGCCAGUUGGCUGUGAUUCAGUCUUUGUGAAACAUAAUAGAAGCUCCCCAACAAAGGACAAGACUACAGCUUUACCAACCAUCUGGAUUUAUGCUUUGGUGUUCAGAAUUGCAAAAUACUGAACAUGUGCUGAAUCUUUGUGUUGUCCUGGUAUGUGGCUGACACAGACAUCAGGUAUCCGCCACAUACAAAUACUCAUUCUUCCAUCUGUGGACCAUAGCCAGAAUCAAGCUCUUGAUUCCCUCAGAAGUUCAUAGACUACUGCAAUGCCAUCUACCUGGGUCACCCAGCAAAAGAAUUACAGAGCUUGCAGCUAGUACAGAAUGCAGCAGCCAAGCUGUUACCUAACCCGUUCCUGCCGCAUAACACCCAUUCUCUACUCCCUUCACCGGCUGCCUGUAAGAUGACAAAUCUAUUUCAUAAUUGGCUAACUGACCUUCCCAGCCCAACAUUACAUGGUCCAAGGUACUAGAAGCAGCUUCUGCCUCCUUACUGCCCUGCUUGCUUGCUUCUACAGAUGAAGGACUGUUACCAGCAGUACCAAGAAUCUCCUGUCAUUCAUUUAAGGGUUGAAUGUUUAGUUUUGCAGCCCUGACCAUGGAACUCACUGCCUUGCACAGUCCAAGAGGCCUCCACUCUAGAGACCUUCACAAGCAGACUGGUGACUGUUACUCACGCUUUUCAUUAAUGUACCUCUAUUUACUUCCUAAAUAAUACAUCCCAAAUGCUUAGGUCUUUUUUCUGCUGUUUAUUUUGUAUCUUGUGCUUUGUGUAAAUGUGAAUGUCUAAUACCAGUUUCCACAAUCUGUAUUGCUGCACGACAAUAUGGUGACCAUUGGAAUGUGUUUUCACUUCUUCUAGUUUGCCUAACUUGUUGCUGACACUCAUCUUGAUAAGGAGUGUUGAGUGUUUUCUGAUACAAGAUCCUAUCCAUAUAUACCCUGUACAUUACCAUGUGCAUUAGAGUCACCCAGGUUCCAUCUGCAGUGGUUUGUUGUAUGUUACAUCUAUAUGGUGCGGAUACUCCCCUGUAUGAUUUCAUAAUAAAAGCUUUUGUUUGCAUCUAA